ACUCAAAAGGUGCGGACAUUUCCACUAUUUUCAAUCAUAUGAUCCGUACUGUCAUAAGUUUCGAAAUCUGCUGCUUACUGACAUACGUUAGCCAGAAGUGACUUUGACGCCCAGCUAUGUUUUGAAGCUUCAAAUCUCGAUCAAAGCCCGUAGCUCAUUUCAAAUCAACAACUUUUCAACCUUCGUUUGCAACAACUACAAAAUUUUCUUAGCGAACAAAGCUUUAUUUGCGCGCAGUUUCUAAUUUAAAAGUAUGAAGAAAAAAUCUUGAGCGCGGGCCGCUCCUUUUGAAGUUCCCUCUUUUUAGAAAUACUCGAAUCAUUUUGCUUCAAUUUGAAUAUUUUUGAUAGGCUUCUUGAAUGAAAGUAAUUUUAUCACUUUUGUGAGUGCCAAAAAGGAAACACUUCUUAAAAAGAUAUUAAAGGAACAAAUUGACAUUUUUUAUUUUGAAUAUCUUUUUUCUUACUUCCGAUAUUUUUUAGUAGAAAAACAAGCUCUCCUUUGUCGCCUUAUAACUACUUUUUAGUUUCAAUUAUAGCAUUUCCACAACUCUGAUUCCGGUUUACUCAAUUCAAUGCAACUUUAAUUGGAAUAAUCUCAGUCUCUCCUCGUCUCAAAUCUUCACUAAUUUCCCCAUUAAAGGUUCAUGUUAUUUUACAUUCAUCCCGAUUUAGAAAUUUGCCUAAGUCAAUGCCAUUAAAAUAUUGUCCAAAUGUACUACUGCCAGGAUUAAGCCCAAUUAGAUUUACACUCAAACUUUCAGCACUUUUUGUCAGCUGAUCUACUUUUUUUUAAUCAAAGCUUGUUAAAAUUCCGCGACUCCUAUUACCAGUAAGAUUCGUUUAGCUUUUGCCCCGCCCCCUGAAUUAGCCACUUUGAAAUUCAAAGGCCGUCUUUCGUAAAACUAGAGUAAACUCAACAAAGAGAAAAAAACUACUGGAAUAGGUUAAAUUUAUCCUUGUAGGCUGCAACAUUAGCAAGCGAACUGACAGACUCCAGUCUGACAGACGUGCUUUGAAAAUGACACCUGAACCUGCCCCCGCAGAUUUCAACUCUCGGCAAAUACGAGACUUACUGAAACUUCUCGUGCAAGUUGGACACACCUCCGAAGAUAUUUUACGCUCUAUUUGCGACAACAACACGAAUAACAACGACACAGGAAACAAUAACUCCUCUCGGACGGCCAUUCGAAGCAACUCUGACUCGGCCACUCGCGAGUCAGUGCCGCCGACACAAAGCUACCCGAAGUUUCAUAUUUCGCCGCCUCCCGAGAAAGACCACGACUCGGAACCUUCGGAGUUUCUCGCAAAUCACGUAAACAGAAGCUGCUUCAACAGUAAUCUGGCGACUACUGACUUUGUGAACAAAUUGAAAGUGCUUUUGGAGGAAGCAAAUUCGCAUGCAAAUGGCUGUGCCGUGGGAAGAGGGUUCGGAGAGUUCCAGAAAAAAGACUCGUCUGAAGAUAACUUCAUGCUAAAUAGCAUUCCAGCUCACAUCAGCAAUGGCAUGACUGGAAAUAAGCCGGCGAGAACAGUGAAGAUCAUGUUCGCAUUUCUGUCCAUCUUUGACAUAGAGACAAAGAGACAGCAGUUCACCACUGAGUUGGUGCUGCAGGCUAGGUGGACUGAGCCCACUCUCAAACCGAAAGAAGUGAGGGAUGGGACCAUAUGGAGGGAGAAGUUCCCAGCGCACCUGUGGGAGCCAAGACUCAGACUGAAGAAUCUGGAAGAAGUUAAACGUGGCCGGGACGACCGAUGGUACACUGUGCACUACCCCACGUCUGGCUCCGGGAUUGGACCAGCUGAGAUUGUGUUCCGGAGGAAAGUGAGGGGGGCGUUUUAUCAGAAGAUGGAGUUGCAACACUUCCCAGUGGACGUGCAGGCAAUCAGUGUGCAAGUUAGCACUGAUUUUGACAGGAGUGAAAUCACACUCAAGGAAGACGACCAGAACUGUUCCAUCAUCUUCUGCGAGGCGUUCAGAAAUGACCAGGAGUGGAAAAUGUUCGAACAUGUGCAGAUCAAAGAAUCAUCUGGAUCUAACAUCGGCAACAAGAAGUCCUCGCUGGUGGCAAAAUCCUCGUUGGUGGCGGACAAGGCAAUGAAUUACCCCACCCCCACCAUCAAGGCGGUGUUGCACGUGGGCAGGAAGCAGGGCUACUUCUUCUGGAAUGUCUACCUAAUCCUCACCUUCAUCACUCUUCUCUCCUUCUGUGGAUUUGCAAUCCCAAACCACCUGCCCAACUUCAGAAUAGGUACCACCCUCACUCUCCUUCUAACAUCAGUGACAUUCAAACUGACAAUCUCGGGCCACCUGCCGACUAUAUCCUAUCUGACGUUCCUGGACAAGUACAGCUUCAUGACCAUCUCUUUCUUAAGCCUACUUACCAUUGUGUUCGCAUGUCUCGCUUUUAUGAUUGGAUCCGAGUGGCAUCGUUACUGCGCCCUCGCUGACCAAAUCAGUUUCUCAUUUCUGUUUUUAUCUGUUCUUGCAUUUCACAUUUACUAUUAUAACGUAAUCAGUCGUGUUAAACACAGAAAAUCAACCGAAAUGGAACAUCUUGAUUGUUUGUACCAACUGAGUCUGUCCAAAAAUAUAACCAGUAAACACGUCCAGGUGUUGACGAUGAAGAACCUUCUAUCCAGUAGAACCAGUCUGCAUCAAAAUACGAGUAAUUAUAGCCCCAAUCACCACCCACAUUUUUACUCUGGCUUAAUGAGUCACAUGGGUGGGGGACAUGGAGCAGGGCGCCACCCUUCGAGUCUCAACCUGGUCCACAAUCAGCUUGAAGCGAAGUAUUGGAAACAUCAGAUCUCAGAAUUCGACGCAUAAGAACAAAAAUGAAUUCCCCAAAUAACUCAAAUGCUUAGCCAAUUUUUAGUACCAGAAGCACUCACUUUAUUUAUGCAUACAGUAGAAAAUGAGUUUAUUCAAA